AUGAAAGAGAAAAUUCGCUUGUUCCGUUUACCCCCUCCUGUAAAUAUUCCGAUAGUUUUUUUGAUUUUGUUUUUUCUACAUUUAAAAAGUGGAUCUGCUUUGCUCUCAAAAAGAGAUCCUUCAAUGCCCCAACAAGUUCAUUUGGCACUUACAGGCAAAGAGAAUGAAAUGAGUAUAACUUGGUUAACUCUUUAUGAUGCAAGUAUGUUUUGGAGCUCGAUCUAA